GACGCACCCUCUUCCAGUUUUCUUCUCUCCUGCCAAGCAUCUGGGUUGCACUGCCCCGGGACCUCGCCAUUCUCCUCUGGACCAACCAUGGAGCGCGAAGUCCAGCGGCUUCGGCAGGCGUUCCGGUCCGGCCGGUCGCGACCCCUACAGUUCCGGCUGCAGCAGCUCGAAGCCCUGCGGAGGAUGGUUCAGGAGCACGAGAAGGACAUCCUGGCGGCCAUCGGCGCCGACCUGUGCAAGAAUGAAUUCAAUGUGUACAGCCAGGAAGUCAUUACCAUACUUGGGGAAAUUAAUUUUAUGCUGGCAAAUCUUUCUGAGUGGGUUACUCCUAAACCAGUUAAGAAGAACCUGUUCACCAUGCUGGAUGAGGCCUAUGUUCAACCAGAGCCUUUAGGAGUCGUCCUGAUUAUUGGAGCUUGGAACUACCCAUUUGUUCUCACCCUGCAUCCACUGGUGGGAGCCAUCGCUGCAGGGAAUGCUGCGAUUAUCAAGCCUUCUGAAUUAAGUGAAAAUACUGCCAAGAUCUUGACCAAGCUUCUCCCUCAGUAUUUAGACCAGCACCUGUAUGCUGUUAUUAAUGGUGGUGUUGAAGAAACCACAGAGCUCCUGAAGCAUCGAUUUGACUACAUUCUCUACACUGGAAAUGCUGCGGUUGGAAAAAUUGUUAUGGAAGCUGCUGCUAAGCAUCUGACCCCUAUGACACUUGAAUUGGGAGGGAAAAGUCCAUGUUAUGUUGAUAAAGACUGUGACCUAGAUGUUGCUUGCAGACGCAUAACCUGGGGAAAGUUGAUGAACUGUGGUCAAACGUGCAUCGCUCCUGACUAUGUUCUCUGUGAUGCCUCCCUCCAGAAUCAAAUUGUGCAGAAGAUUAAGGAAACCGUGAAGGAAUUUUAUGGAGAAAAUGUAAAAGAAUCUCCUGAUUAUGAAAGGAUCAUCAAUCUUCGUCAUUUUAAGAGGUUGCAAAGUUUGCUUGACGGACAAAAGAUAGCUUUUGGUGGGGAUACUGAUGAGGCCACACGCUACAUAGCCCCAACAAUACUUACUGAUGUUGAUCCUAAAUCUAAGGUGAUGCAAGAAGAAAUUUUUGGACCAGUUCUUCCAAUAGUGUCUGUGAAAAAUGCAGAUGAAGCCAUAAACUUCAUAAAUGAACGGGAAAAGCCUCUGGCUCUCUAUAUAUUUUCUCAUAACAAUAAGCUCAUCAAACGGAUGAUUGAUGAGACCUCCAGUGGUGGAGUCACAGUCAAUGAUGUCAUCAUGCAUUUUACACUCAAUUCACUGCCCUUUGGAGGAGUGGGUUCCAGUGGAAUGGGCGCAUAUCAUGGAAAACAUAGUUUUGAUACUUUUUCUCAUCAUCGUUCCUGUUUAUUAAAAAAUUUGAAGAGAGAAGGUGCCAACAAACUCAGAUAUCCUCCCAACAGCCAAUCAAAGGUGAAUGUGGCAAAGUUUUUGCUGCUGAAACAGUUCAACAAAGGAAAAUUUGGGCUCCUGUUGCUCACGUUUCUGUGUGCAGCAGCAGCUGUGCUCUUCAAGAAAUAUCAAGCUGUGCUGAGGAGAAAGGCUCUGUUACUCUGUGUGAUAGUUCACAGACUGCUUCGGUCCAAUAAACAGUGAUGAACGGGAAGUUUCAAAGUCCAGCUCUCUCUGUUAAGAGUAAGGCUGGAUACUACUGAGAGAAUGGUCCCGUUAACCUCCUAGCUGCCUGUACUGAAUUAUUUCGGUACUCAAUGGUUAAUGAAGAGUAAUUUUAAAAUUGUACCAAAAUCAGAAAUAUGUUGAUGCAGUGUGAUCAAACCUAAAAAUUGCUGUCCCUCACCGUUAUUAAAACUUGCCCUUUCAGCCAAAUUCCAAUAUCCUGUAAUAGUGAAUGUAUUCUGAGAACCUAUUCUUAAUCGUAGUGGGAGGCAAAAAUGUAUUAAGUGAAGUCCAUACUCUUUGGGGAUAUAAGGAGGUUUCAGAACUUGCUCAGUGACCUGUGCACCCUAGUUCACAAGACACCUCAUCUGCUCUGCCAUGCUGUUAUUUGGUGAAGCUUCCAAGAGCUGAACAUUUCCCAGGGUCCCCAGUGAUUCUCUGUAAUCCAGAGAGGUGGGGAGAGAUGUUCUCAGCUCCUUUUGAGGUUUGAGGCACUACAAUUGACCUUAAAAUUGCAAAUUAGUGGAUUUUCCAAGAACAAAUCUUUUUUGUCAUUUCUGUAGAGUACAUUUAAAGUGCAAGUACUUUUAUUUAUUUAUUUUUUUGAAAUUUCAGGAGUAAGUCUUUCUGAAUAAAU